AUGGACAACGUGAACUUGACAAAGGUAAUAUUAUAUUUUUUAUUGCAUGCAAGCAAAAAAGAAAUGGGAUCUCAAAAUAAUCUAUUUAUUGGUUAUUAUUUUUUCUUCGAAAAUUAAAAAGUCGGAUAAUGUGGAGUGUGUUUCUCGGUAACCAGCUUUUCCCGAAUAAUCGAGUACCUAAUUUAUAAUUUUUAUUGUGUUUUGUUUCAAGAUUUCAAUCGCAUAGAAACCGGGGUGGUAGUUAAAAACAGCCUAAUUUGGCCAUAUAAUUGAUUUUAGUCUAAACUUUGACGGGGAAAUAUGAAUGGCUGCGCAUAAGCGAUUCUAUUGAAUUUGGCCAUUUUAUUCGCUUUCGCAGUAAGUAUAGAAUUAACUUCUACUCACUGGCGAAGCGAAAUGUUCUCUCUCCACGCCUAAUUUAUCUUUACUCCGCAUGCACCGAAAUCAUUUCCAGCGACUUAGUUGCAUUUCGCCGAAGAAAGCGCCCAUGGGAUCGGACCUUUACUGUAGUAAUAGUUUUUCAAUAGCUGUUUACUUUUAACAAGGUACGUUUUUCCAGUUUGAAUUACAUUUGCUUUUAAUUAUUUUGCACAUCAGAAGCCAUGUUGUAAUACCGUAGUACAUCAAAAUAGCAUGCCCCCUUUAUGUUACCAGAUCACUCUUUGUGCUUUAGUGUGUAACUUUAUUUUAACAUUUUAAAGGUAUAAACAUCGAAUCUUACAACUAUUAAUUAAUUCUCUGUCUUUUCUACACAAUACGAUUUUCCUAAUCUCAAUACCGCAUGCUUUGUCACGCCAUGUGACGUACUUCCGGUCUAUUACUACUAAUUAGGUAAUGUUAAAUUCCGUAAUGUUAAAUUCCGUGGGGUACAUUUACAAUUUAAUGAAAGGAGUUUUAGUGAUAGCUAUGUCAUUUGCUGAAAUUACUGCGCGAUAUCAAGGGUCGAUUUCAUGGUGUAUGGACGUAUAAUAAAUUGUAGCAUUACGUUAACAAAUUGCCAAAAACGUAGUUUUAAAUAUUCUUGCGUCAUCAGUCCAACUUAUAAUUAGAUUUGGUGCAAUCGCUUGCUAAAAUAUAUAUUCUCUGAGUAAUUUCAGUGGCCAAAUUGUUGAUAUUUUAACCGAGGGAUUCCUGCUUAUGGCCCAAAAGAACUGCAAGAGGAACGAUAUUUUAACAUUGUCGUCCAUGUUUGGUUUUGGCAAGAAGCUUAGGUUCUGGGCUUCUUCAAUGCGGUUUGCACAGGAAUAGCAUACCAAUAACUUUGAAGUCGUUAACACCUUCGUUUACCAUACUUUCCCGUUUGUAUGGAUGGUGAGGUGUGAGCCCGGGUGACCAAGGGGUGGCCUAGAACACAUACUGCCACUACUGUUACUUGAACUCGGGUCAAGAUCCAUGCCAGUGUUAUCUUGAGCAGCCCACCCCUGAAGGGCCAACACCUUCACACCAAUCAAUAAUUGGUGGAAAUUUGAAAGAACAAGAGAAAAAAUAACAAAUCUCUGUUCCAGCUGAUACGUUUUCUAUGCUUAUAGCGCACAAUGAUUACUAUCGCCACCAAUGCGCGGCCAAGCUCUUAUUAUACACGCGCUCGGCCAAUAUGCUUAGGUAUAAUGUAUCAAUACGUUUUCAUUCGUAAAACCGCUGAAUUAUAUUGCAGGUGCAUGUCUUGAACGUUCGGCUGGCCGAUCGAUCCAAUGAUAUUGUUUACCUAAAAUUUAUCAUCAAUAGAACAAUGCAUAUUUGCCUUCCUUCAUCAUAUUAUUAGCAUCUAAUAAUUUACACCAAACAAAUGCUUUUAAUCCUUAAUAUAUUCAUUUUGAAAUCAAUCUGAUUGGCCAACAAUAGUUGAGAUUUUCAGACUUAAGAUUUUGAGCCCAAUAAUACGUAAUCAACAAAUCAUAGAACGAAUACAGAAUGAUUUAAUAAUUUUUUUUCCCUGUAAGAUUCAAUAGUUAGCGUACACUUUGCAAAAUUCUACCAUCUAAUUGAUUUUGCCGACAAGGCAAAUUUCAGGAAAGAUGACGCAUGUGCAGACGUUUUUCCGACGUGUUUGUCGCCAUCGCUAACAUGACGGAAAGCUCUGUUCAUUGGUGUUUUUAAUUAAGAAUAUUUCAUGUUAAAAACAGUUUAGGAAAAUAUAUACGAGUUUUGAUGCAUGCAUGUAUUUCUAUAGUAUGUAUUAGGGAACAUCACUUCAUUCAAGAGACAGCUGAGUAAGUUUCUUGACGUGGUUAAAUAAUCUUGUAUAGCCUAACUUUUCAUGGGUUAGCGGACAUGAUUCCUAGCACAAAACUACUCGAUGUAGAGCCAUUUUAUUGGUCAUUAUUAGUCAGUCAUACUAUAUAGUGAUAAAAAUUCGUUUCUCUACAAUAGGUUGGAUCACAGGUGAAGUAUUUUUCACCGCAGAAGUCUUUGAUACUUGGGAAAGGUUCAAUGGGUAUUGUUUAUAUUGGUAUCAUGGAAGAUGGUGCUGAAGUUGCUGUAAAGAGGAUCUUGAAACACGAGUUUGAAGAUACAGCUAAAAAUGAGCUAGAAAUUCUGAGUCGAACUAAUGCAAGCAAGUCACCAUUCAUAGUAAGCUAUAAAAAGUGUUUAGAAGACGCCACUUUUGUGUAUAUAGUUUUAGAUCUCUGCGAAGAAACAUUGAAAGAACACGUUCGUACUCAAAGAUUGGAAUAUCUGCAAGAUCAUGGUCCAAGAAUGAUUAAAGAAAUCUUAAGCGGAAUUGGAUUUCUUCACAGUCAAAAAAUUUUACACAGAGAUCUCAAACCAUCAAAUGUCUUGGUUGAUCGGGAAGGUCACAUGAGAUUGGCAGACUUCGGAAUAAGUCGUGCUUUGAAUGAAGAAGAAACCACAGUUCUUACAUAUGCAAAGGGAACCCGAGACUGGAUGCCCACCGAAGUCAUUGAAGCAAUAAAUAAAGAAGAGAUGGGACGUUUUAAAAAGAAAUCUGAUGUUCAGGUCGCAGGUAUGAUCGCUUUCUUCAUUUCAACCAAAGGUGAACAUCCUUUUGGUCCAGUGUUUGAACGAAUGACAAACAUUUCGAAAGGAAAUCCUGUUAACUUGGACAUGCUUCACGAUCUUCAGGUUCGGAAAUUUAUUUCAUGGUUGAUCAGUCAUAAGAUUGAUGAUAGACCUUAUGUUCACGAGGCGUUGGUAGAUCCCUUUAUGGUCCAUGCAACAGAUUCUCUCAGGAAAAUCAUAUUACAAGAAUCCCGUACAUAGGAAAAUGCUUUUCCCUUUACUAACUGUUCCGCUGUAAAAUUAUUCUCGCAUAAAACUUUAUUUUCACAUGCAUGUGUGAAAAUACGUGAAACUCGAAUACAAUAUAUGAAAAUUCUGAAUUUCGCAUAUCAAAUGAACAGUUCCACAUGUGAACUUUUCCAUUUGAACAAAACCAUAGCAACGUAACAAAAAUGCGUGUAUAGAAUGGACCAAUUGCAAAUUAUAAAUAAAGUUGCCUCCAUUCCUCUGACAUUUGUAGCGCC